AUGAGUCAACCAGAAUCGAAACUAAAGAUACCCCAUGAGGUUCACUUAAAAAAACCUAUUGUUAGAGAAACUCCCAAAAAUAAUGCACAAAAAGUCACAACUUUGGGUGGUUUUAUCGCGGGUGGUGUGGCUGCAUGCGGGGCAGUUACAUUCACUAAUCCUAUCGAGUUGGUCAAAACAAGGAUGCAACUACAAGGCGAGCUCUCUAAGCUGACAGGGCAAGCCAAGCUAUACAAAAACCCACUUCAAGCUUUUUCAACUAUAUACAAACACGAGGGAAUUCGAGGAUUGCAACAAGGAUUACUUUGUGGGUACUUUUACCAACUUGGUUUGAAUGGCUGUAGAAUUGGACUUUAUGAGCCCAGUCGAUACUAUAUUACCAGGCUACUUACGCCCUCGAAAAUUCAAGAUGGUCAUGUGCCACAAAAUUUAUUCAUAAAUGUUAUAGCCGGGUUUGUAUCUGGUUCGGCUGGUGCAGUUUUGGCAUCUCCAUUCUUUUUAGUGAAAACAAGGAUGCAGUCGUAUUCUAAGACUGGUGCCGUUGGACAACAAACAUAUUACAGUGGAGCAUGGGAUGGGUUGUCACUGAUCUAUAAAACAGAAGGUUUCAAAGGGUUGUACCGAGGCGUGGAUGCUGCCAUAUUGAGAACCGGUGCUGGAUCGGCAGCGCAAUUACCAGUUUACAAUUUGACCAAAAACUUCGUAUUGAAACACGACCUUGCAAAAGACAACACGCUAUUAUUACAUUUCAUAAGUGCGUCGAUGGCUGGACUAGGCGUGGCAAUUGUAAUGAAUCCAUGGGACGUUGUUUUGACAAGAAUGUACAACCAGAAAGGAAACUUGUACAAGGGCCCUUUGGAUUGUUUCAGGAAAACAAUUGCUAUCGAAGGUCCAAUGGCGUUAUAUAAGGGUUUCUGGGCUCAAUUGUUCAGAGUUGGCCCCCAUAGUAUUUUGACAUUGAUAUUCAUGGAGCACUGUAUGAAUGCAAUGGUCAAAAUCGAGCGCAGGCUUGGGUUGGCACCAGUUUGA